ACAAUGAUUGACAUUUGACAUCUGUAUUCUAUAGUGACAGAUGCGGUAGUAAUAUGUUUUUAAUUAGUGGUACUAGUGUGGUUUAUUCUGCAUUUUUCUGAUUUCCAAAGUCCAAUAUAUCUGUGAUAAUUUCCAUAUCAAGCAGAGGCUAUAUUUAAUUUUUAAUAAAAAUGGAUUCCACAGAAAGACAGAAUAUCAAAAGCAUUGAUGAAAUUAUUGCAACAUCUUUAAACAAUGAAGAAUUGCAAGAGUUUAACAGAAUUUUUUAUGGACGAGUAGAUCAACAUCCUCUUCCCUUAAAUGAAUCUAGUAAGAAAUUGGCUGCUUCAAACCAUUUUGAAAUUUUGGCAUAUGAUUUUCCAGCUCAUACAGAGGAAACAAGAUCUCCUAGAAAAAUAAGAAUUGGUGUUAUACAGCAUUCAAUUGCAAUUUCCACGAAUAAACCUAUAAAGCAACAAAGGGAGGCAAUAUUCAAUAAAGUUUCAAAAUUAAUAGACGCAGCUGGUGAAGAAGGUGUUAAUGUUUUAUGUUUACAGGAAGCUUGGAGCAUGCCAUUUGCAUUUUGCACCCGUGAAAAGAUUCCCUGGUGUGAGUUUGCUGAAAAUGUUACAGAUGGUGUUAGCACACAGUUUCUCAAACUUUUUGCUAUUAAGUAUAACAUGGUUAUUAUAUCACCCAUUCUGGAAAGAGAUGAGGUGCGAGGAGAUCUUAUUUGGAAUACUGCUGUUGUUAUAAAUGAAAAGGGUUUAGUAAUGGGUAGCCACAGAAAGAAUCAUAUCCCUAGAGUAGGUGACUUUAAUGAAUCAACAUAUUAUUUUGAAGGGAACACAGGCCAUCCUGUCUUUGAAACAAAAUAUGGAAAAAUUGCUAUUAAUAUUUGUUAUGGAAGGCACCAUCCCUUAAACUGGUUAAUGUUUGGACUUAAUGGUGCUGAAGUAGUCUUUAAUCCAUCUGCUACAGUUUCAGGCUUAAGUGAACAUCUCUGGGCAAUUGAAGCAAGAAAUGCUGCUAUAGCUAACAGUUAUUUUACAUGUGCUGUAAACAGAGUUGGAACAGAAACUUUUCCAAAUGAAUUUACAUCUGGAGAUGGAAAAAAAGCUCAUAAUGAUUUUGGUCAUUUUUAUGGAUCCAGCUAUGUGACAGCACCUGAUGGUACUAGAACUCCUAGCUUGUCCAGAACCAUGGAUGGUCUAUUAAUUUCACAGAUUGACUUGAAUAUGUGUCGGCAAAUAAAGGACAAAUGGGGAUUUGCUAUGACACAGCGAUUAGACAUGUACGCUAGAAGUUUGUCUAAUUAUGUUGAAGGCAAAGAACUACAAUUAGUAAAAGAUAAAUAAAUGUUUAGUGUUGAUAACUAUUGUUGCAUAUGUAAAGUUAUUUAAGAAAUACUGUUUAUAUACCAAAAUAUUUUUAUUACUGUUUUCUAUUAAAAUAAUUAUAGCUGCACACUUUAAAAUAUAUUUGUUCAUCAAUUAAUGUGUUAUUUGA